AUGAGAAAAGCUCAACUAAUCAAAAAUAAUAAGAUCAACCUUCUAACAACCUACAAAAACUCGUUCAAAGGCGAAGAGCUCAUCGAAUGGCUAAUGCGCGAAAAGAAUAUCAGUUGGCUACCGAUUCAUCGCAAAAAUUCCAAUUUCCACGAGUUUCCAAUCAUCGCCUCGUCGGACCAAUUCGAUUAUGAGUCGGAUCCCGAUGAGCACGAAUGGAAAUUUCCAUGCUUCAAUGAUUCGAUUGCGAGCCCAACAUUUUCCAGCGAAUUUUUCGAACGCUCUGAAGCAUUGGAAUUCAGCCAAGAGCUUAUCGAUCGCCACGUCGGAAAACAGACAUCAAAAGAAGCGGGAAUGACGUUCAGUCCGGAUCGAUACUACCAAUUAGUUGAGGACGACGAGAAUAAACCAUUGAACGCGAAUCUCGAUGACGACGACACUCAACGACGAUUCGACAUCGUCGAGUGCAACGCGAAGUUGGCCCAACUUUUGGAGGACGUCUACAUUGAUAUUCUAGACGACGACAAUCGUUCAAUCGUUUACCAAAACCUUCAAUUCAACGCGAAUUUCAACAAUUACGCACAAUUCGCGCGCCAACUCAAAUAUCUCGAUUUGACGUCAUCGACAUCGUCAAUCGAUGAGCGUCUCGCGUUUUUCGUCAACAUCUACAAUAUCAUGCUGAUACAUAUGACGCUCAAAUGUGGACCGCCGCAAAGUAUUUGGCAGCGAAGGAAGCUGGUCAACAGCACCUAUUAUCAAAUCGGCGAUCACAAGUACGCUCUGCAUUCGGUGAUGAACGGCAUUCUUCGCGGCAACCGAAAAGGUCCCGGCAUGUUGUGGAAGGCGUUCGGCAAACACGACGGCCGCCUCGUGUUGGCGCUACCCCAAUGCGAGCCGCUUGUGCAUUUCGCCGUCAUCACCGGCUCGAAGACCACACCGCCGCUUCGCGUCUACUCAUCAAAGAAUAUCUAUCGCGAGCUUCGCGACAACGCCAAAUCAACACUUCUGUUCGGCGACAAAUAUUUGCGGGUUGACAUUAAAAAGAAUGUGAUACAUCUCGGCAAAACGUUCAAAUGGUAUUGCGAAGAUUUUGGCGGCACCAAAGAGAAAAUGAUUCAAUGGAUUCUCGAGAUUCUCGAUGAUGAUGAUUCCGACAAAAAGCACAAUUUGGAGCGUUUAUAUUUCACUGGCGAUUAUUCUGUCGAAUAUAUUCCGUUCGACUGGUCGACUAAUGGAAAAGGCCACAAUUCAAAGGACGGAAAAUUGGAAAGCGAAAAGAAGACGAAUAGCUUAUAA